UCUAAUGACGCAGUGGGGAGAUCUCAGUUUUGUACCUUGAGUAAGCUCAUGAUAAUUUUGUAAAGGAAAAGUCUUUAUCUAUCUUAACACUUUCUGAUUGGUUUUAAGACGUAGAUGGCCAGGCGAACAGAAAAGUCUCAUUGCAGAGAUAUUUUGAAAAGAGAAAGGACAGGGAAAAAUUUUUUAAGGGCAGGAAGAAUAUAGGGCAGCCAACUUCUACCUUGGGAGUAUGCUUGAACCAUCAGGUGAGAAAACACAAUUCAAAUGUACAAUCAUGUCAAAGCAACACAAGCUCUCCUCCUCAGCCUGGACUGCCACAUUCCUACUGCCCAUCUGAGAACCAGACAAAAGUUGCUAACCUUUCUGUCGACCUCAAUGAUGAAAGCAUUCAAGAAUGCUGAGUUACUGUGUUUUUGUAGGCCAGCAAGCUGUGAAUUUAGUAAAUCGCUCUGUUCUUUACAGAUAUCAGCUACAGAGUUGAAAGGGAGUACAAAAUCUAAGAGCCUUCACUAUGCUGCCCUAUAUAUGAUAUAGUUGCCAGGAUGAGUCUAUCUCCGGAGUUCACUUUUGAAUGGUAUAAGUUCCAACCCAUCCGAUCAAUUUUGUAAUUUUUGAAGCUUAGAGACAUCAUCCAGAUUUUCUCCUUCUUGAUGUUACGGGUUGGUGGCUUGAGUUAUAGAGCCACAUGAAGAGCAUCUGCUGCGUGAAGUGUAAAUUUUGGCUACCUUUAGUAGCCAAUAGCUUAAUGUACCAGUUGAACUUUGUUCUAAUCCUAUUAAUGAUUUUAUGCGGAGUUCCAUCCAUGUUCUAUGCAAAUUUGCUUCUACAGGAAAAUUAUGAGAAGCUGUUCCUGUUUUUCUAGCGGUCAAACUGAAAAUAAAUGAGGAUAUGGUAAAAUGCAUUCCUGGCUUUGCGAGGCAUAAAGCGGAAAGAGCUUUGAUCUAAGAUGGGGUACAAUUUCAGUUGGCGAAUAAAAUGCCUUCUACCAUUGUUGUCUGCUCAAUUGAAACCUUGGAGUCUUAUUCAUUUACCUCGCCGCCUAUUAUAUCACCAUUCCCUAUUUAUUGUUACAGGGACUCAAUUUUAAAAUAUAAAAAAUUGAGAUGU